GUUUUGCUAACAGAUAAAAAAAAAGAAUAUAAUAUAUGGGUUAAAGUUAAAUAAGUAAUUAGCUACUCGAUGGUAGGAUUACUUCAGCCUAAUCUCAAUUGGAAGUGCUAUUACGAAGCUUACUUGUCUAAAAAGUUGCUUUGUUGUACCUCAGAUACCGAAAAUAUGUUGUACUUUGACCAGAACUUGCUACUAAUGUACCUACUUAAAUAUUAUUAUUUUUUUAAGGAUUAAUAUUUGCCGUAUUCCUAAUUAUUGGUUACCUGCGUUAUAAGUUACCAGGUAAUUGAUCUUAGAAAGGAUUCCUAAAAUGAUUAGGCAAAAAUUAAAUAAGACCAUUGCUAACUAUAUUUUUCCAAGGUACUAGAAAAAUCUAUUGAAUGGCGUAAGUAAGUAUGCUAAAAAUAUCUGAUUCCAUACAUGAAUAUUAUUUCUAUGAUUAUUUUAUUAUUAAUUAAAACAAAACAAGCGAAAUUUCGUACUCUUUCGACAAAUACAAUACAUUAAUAGUUGAUUAGUUGGUUAUUGUACGAAUUCCCGCCAUGCCGCCAAUUCGCAAACCCAAAACAAAGACGAUAUGCAGUUCACAUUUCAAAAAAAAUUAUUUGAAUCGUCUCAAUGUCUAAUAUAAUUUGACCCCUAACUUCAGUACUACUAAACGAUAAAUAAUAUGUCAGACAUAAAAUGGACGAUCGAUUCGUGUUGCUACGCAAGUGUUCGGUAAGCGUCGUGAAUCAUCCUUCGUUGUUGAACUGACGCAACUUUCGCUACUUGCUUUAAUAAUACGUAUUAUGAGGUUCUUAAAUUUAAACCUUAAAAAUCAAAAAAUAGAGCACUUUUUUGUCUAACAAAACUUUGACCGUUUUUUAAUAUCAUGGUCCAGUAUAUAGCGCGGUUAGCGUCUACCUGACAGCUCCAUCCGUUCGCCGGCCGUAUUGUGCUAUUACCAAUUUACCGCCCAAAAUCCUUAUGAAGAAAAAAAAAAACUCCAGCAGAGGCAGCAGAGGCGGUCGAGACAAGAUGGCUGAGGCUGCAUGAAGCUGGUAUUGUGAAUAUUGUGAUAAAGUUUUUAUUGUUACUGGACAUAGUAGGAAGAACUGAACAUGUCUCGAAAACCUUUUGUCCUAAUGUCUAGGCAGGGACAGUUAAAGAGAAUAAAACGAGAAAUGGCACAAAACACACAAACAAAUAAUAUUUCGACCAAUGACAGCCACACAGAGGAAAACAUAUUGUUUUCUCAUCACAACUCUCGUCAGGUGGUGCAGCUAAUGGCAGAGAACGAAUUUGACUUGAAUAGCCCGGGGUCCUCUUGACAUUGUUCCCAUCCUCCUCAAAACCAUUUCAAUUCCUCUCCAAGUCAACAAAAUACUCCAGCUUAUAAUGAUUAUUCGGCAUUUAAUAAUUUUAUUAAUGAACAGCCUUUAUCAGAUAGUGAUAGUGAUGACCAGGUUAAUCCAAUUGAUAUGAAUGAAUCAUUUAAAAAUAGUUUGAGACAUUGGGCUAUCAAAAAUCAAAUGACCCAUGUUGCUACUAAUGAAUUGCUGAAUAUAUUAAAAGAUCAUGAAUGUUUUGAUUUGCCAGCUGAUGCUAGAUCAUUACUUAAGACUCCGGCAAAUGUUAUCUGUCGAGUUGUUGAGCCAGGACAUUACUCUCAUAUAGGUUUGGAGAAAAAUUUGAGGGAAAUAUUGAAAUUUGUUAGUGAAAAUGAUAAUGAAAUUCUUCUAUUAAUCAGCAUUGAUGGGUUACCAUUAUUUAAAAGUAGUACAAUGGAGUUUUGGCCAAUUUUGGGUUCUGUCUAUAAUGUUCCUGCAAUAAAAUCGGUUGUGUUCCCUAUUGGUGUGUAUUGUGGCCCUAAAAAACCUAUUAGCUGCACAUCUUUUAUGGAAGAAUUUAUUUCUGAAGUUGCUAAAUUGAUUAACUCGGGUUUGACUAUUAACGGCAAAAACAUUAAAGUUGCUAUUAAAGGUUUUGUUUGUGAUACUCCGGCAAAAUCUUUUUUUCAUGUACAAAGUGCAGACAACCUGGUGUUUAUUUGGAAAACAGAAUGACAUUUCCUGAGUGUGAUGCAACUCUAAGAACCCAUGAAGAGUUUCUCAAGAUGGAUGAUGAAGAUUUUCACCGUACUCAAACGCCAUUAAUAUCAGUACCUGGCAUACAUUUUAUUAAAAGUUUCCCAUUGGAUUAUAUGCACCUUGUUUGCCUAGGUGUUGUGCGCAGUCUUAUUUAUAUAUGGAUGUUUGGACCAGUACCAAUAAAACUGCCUCGUCAAAUUUUAAAUAACAUCAGUGCUGAUCUGGUUGCUCUUGCCAAGCACAUGCCUUUAGAGUUCAAUAGGAAACCACGUUCUUUGGAUGACGUCAAAAGGUGGAAGGCAACUGAAUUUCGCCAUUUUUUGCUAUACACAGGGCCGUUAGUACUUUCAAAAUUAAAGUCUGAAUAUUUAUCAUAUUAUAACAAUUUUAUAAGCCUUACUGUUUCUAUGAGUAUAUUAUUAAAUCCGGAAUAUUGCUUUAAAUACAAUGAAUAUGCUAGAAAUCUGCUAAAACAUUUUGUCAAAACAUUCAUCAAUUUAUAUGGCGCCCAAAUGGCAACUUAUAAUCUACAUGGUCUUGUACACCUCAGUGAUGAUGUAUAUGAAUUUGGUGCACUUGAUUCCUGUGCAGCAUUUCCAUUUGAAAACUUUUUACAGGUUUUCAAAAAGAAUAUCAGAAAAGGGGCCAAACCUCUUCAGCAAAUAAUUAAGAGGUUCGGGGAAAUGAGUAAUUCUAACUUUUGGACUAAAAACAUAUUACCUUGUGGUUCUAUUUAUCCAAUAUUUGUAAAACCUCACUCAUCAGGCUUGCUUUUGCCAGGGUGUGAUAAAUUACAGCAGUUCAGCUCAAUUAAAUUUCAAUCUUUUGUAAUAAAAACAGCACAUCCGGAUUCAUAUUGUGUUUUAAAACAUGGUAAUAUUGUAGCAGUAUGCAACAUAGUGUUUUCCAAUAAUGUGCAGAGCAUGGUUAUACUCUGUAAAGAGUUUGCAACUAAAGAAAACUUCUUUGGUACACCAUUAAUAGAAAGUUCUAGUAUAGGAAUUAAUAUAGUAAAAGAAAAAAUGAGUCUAUGUGAAAAACCUGUGUCGGAUAUUGUGGGAAAAGUUGUUCUUCUCCCUUUUCAUGAUCACCAUGUCGCAAUCAAAAUGCUGCAUUCAUAGGUCUUAAUCCAUAAUGUCCUUUGUUCCUGUCCUAUCCUUUACUAGCCUUGUGGGUUUUGUCAAAGUGGAUGAUUACUUACUACAGAUUCUUUAUAAUGGCUCAUUUUGCCAUCGUUACAUUUGUGGACGAGGCUGAUGCACCAGGAAUAAUUGCAUCAAACUGGGUAAUAAAUGAAAAUUUAUGUUCGUACCCUAAUGUACGUACAGAAGAAUUAAAAGACAAAUUGUUAAAAAGGAAAGCUGAACCCGAGGAUAAAUGGCCGCAGUAUAAAAUAAAAAUUCUAAAAUACUACGAAAAUUAUAGCGAAGCCCGUCUCCAUUUGAAAAAAGCAGAAGAAACUUCCAAUUUGGAUUCUGAUGAGGAAGUAAGAAAAAGAAAAA